UCCUUUAUUGCUUGUUGUUCGGGAAAAAAAAAAAAAAAACAUGUAGUGGUAGGAGUAAAGGAAGAAGAAGUUGAUUGCUAGUCUAGAAUCCAAGAGACUCCGUUUGAACCAAACAGUAAUACUUCUCCCUCGGUACCAUCCUUGUAAAAGAUUACAAAAAGAGAAACUUUUCUUUUCUUCUCCUUUUCUUGGCUUUAUUUUAGAGCAUAGCAUUGAUAAAGGGUGGGGAGCGUCAAAGGCAGAGACACACACACGCACUCACAUAAACAAAUUCAGUGAUCACAAGAGAGAGUAAAGAAUGCAAGCCACAAACAAGUGGAAGAAGAAUGCUUGUGGAAAUCAUGAAGAAGAAUCGAAGAAGAAGGAGAGACACAUAGUCACAUGGACUCAACUGGAAGAUGAUAUACUUCGGCAGCAGAUCAGCCUAAAUGGGACUGAAAAUUGGGCUAUCAUUGCUUCUAAAUUCAAGGAUAAAACCACAAGACAAUGCAGAAGAAGAUGGUACACAUAUCUGAACUCUGAUUUCAAGAAAGGCGGAUGGUCACCAGAUGAAGACAUGCUCUUGUGCGAGGCACAAAAAAUAUUUGGAAACAGAUGGACAGAAAUUGCAAAGGUUGUUUCAGGCAGAACGGAUAAUGCUGUUAAGAACCGUUUCUCCACGUUGUGCAAGAAGAGAGCAAAAUACGAGGCUUUAGCAAAAGAGAACAGAAGCACACAUAUCAACUUAAAUAACAAAAGAAUCAUGUUACAUCAUGGGUUAAACGGAGACGGAGCACCAGAAAGUGAUCCUCCAAUUAAGAAGAUAAGGAAGUCCCACAUCCCUGGUCUUGCAGGAAAUUGCAACUUUGGAGACAGAUCACACCCACAAUAUGGAAAUCAGCAACCUAGACCUCCAUUUGCAGUGUUGGCCCAAAACCUUCACAAUGUUAACGUGGCUUCCCAACAUCAUGUCAGCGGUGUCAAGGAGGUCUCCAUUGAUGCAGUUCAAAACAGUAUGAUUCAGAGAACAUUUCUCAAAAAGGAUGAUCCAAAGAUAACUGCUCUAAUGCAACAAGCAGAGCUUCUCAGCUCACUUGCACUGAAAGUUAGUGAAGAAAAUACAGACCAGAGUCUGGAAAAUUCUUGGAAGGUUCUCCAAGAUUUCCUGAAUCGGAGCAAAGAAAAUGUACAUGGACAAAAAAUCUGUGACAUUGAUUUUAAACUUGAUGAUUUUAAAGACCUGAUAGAGGAUCUAAGGAGUAGUAAUGAUGGAAGUCGACCAUCUUGGAGGCAACCUGGUUUAUAUGAGGAGUCUCCAGCCAGUUCUGAAUACAGUACAGGAUCAACUCUACUGCCAUACCCAGCCCCUGACAAAACAGAACAAACUCAAGCUGAGAUUGGUGCACUGCAUAAGGAUAUUGAAAUUGAAAUGCAAAUGGUUCGUAUUGACGAAGAAAAUUUUGUGGGUGCAUGUGGUAAAGAAAUUAUUUCCAGUGCAGAUAUAACCCAAGUGGAGAUGUUUCCAUCCUGUGAUGAGCAAACAAAAAACGACAUAGUUGUUUCUGCCUCAUCGAGCACAGAGUUCAGUUCCCCUCUUCAAGUUACCCCACUUUUCAGAUCCUUAGCAGCAGGAAUUCCCAGCCCAAAAUUUUCAGAGAGUGAGAGAAACUUCCUACUAAAAACACUUGGAGUGGAGUCUCCUUGCCCUGGUCCAAGCAUCAAUCCUUUGCAACCACCACUCUGCAAACGAGCACUUCUGCAGAGUCUAUAGAAAACCUCUCUGAACUAUCUCGUAUAAAGAACACGGCAAGCCCAUCAUAUCUGGUCUUUAAUUGCCCUGGACCGUAUGGCAUUUGUUGAGUUGUGUCUUCUCUUGUUUACCAUCAGUUCCUAGGAUUGCAGCUACCAUGGCCUGAAGUUUUAUAAAGAGGCAUGUUGAGAUCUGCAUUCCAAGACAGGACCCGGGCUAGAAUGUUGCGGUACAUUCUAGCAUCUUGGACACAUCUAACAAAGUGAUCCGAGGAAGGUUUUCAUUUGUUUGUCUUGAUUUGGUUGCGGGCUUUCUAUCUUCUCAUCCAGUUUUUGGCCUUUGAUCAGCCAUCUGUACAGACCCUUUUAUGUAAGUCCGUAGACGGAGUGUAAUUACAUACAGGCAACUCGCCUACAUAUGAUUAAAGAAACAGAGAGAAAAAGAACGGGGGAAAAGAGAGUAAAGGAGGAUUAACCAGCUGAUUGGAUUCCUAUUGUUGUUUUUGCGUGUGCAAAUGGUAUAUAAUAAGUUUUCUGUGUUUCUGUUUUCUAAUGUAGUAACUAUAACUCGAUGUGAUUUUAAUGAAAAUUGUUCUAGUUUUUGUGUGCA